GUCACAGGCAGGGUCAAUGCUAUGGCGGCGUCUGUGGAGAGUGGAAUGUGAAUGUCAUCGGUUUUCAUGUUGAUUUUAAUAAAACUAGAAAACAACCAACGAAUAAGAAACAUAGUGUUCAGAUUGGAUGCAUUCCUAAUAAAUAAGACGUGUUUUAAAUUAGGGAUGCAGAACUAAUUAUAAUAUUGUAAUGUUCCGGUAUUACACUACAGUACAUUUGUGUUAUUAUUAAUACCGGCACUUGUACACUACUUGUUAGAAGAGAGACGCUCUGUUUCUUUUCCAAAGGUUUAGCUAACCAAUUUCAAGUAAGUACUUUAUUUAUAAUAGUUUGGAAUUGUAACGAGCUGAAAAAUAUGUUCCGGAAUGUGCUACGUUUGUAUAGUAAUUCGCUUCCAGUGUGCUGCUGUCCAGUGAUCACAAGCCUGACACAAACCAGACAACUUUUGGAAUGCAGACGAACCUAUUCAUCAGCAAAAUCAGAAAAAAAGAAAUUUUAUCAGGAUGUCAGUAUUUCACAAGGAGAAGGUGGAGUGUUUGAGAUCAAUCUGGACCGCAGAAAGUUGAAAACUCCGGGUGGGAAGUUAUUCACCGUCCCCAGUGAGGCUCUGGCUGUGGCUGUAGCCACUGAGUGGGAUGUGCAAAGAGAUACACUCAAGUUCUACACAAUGCACAUGACCACCUUGUGUAACACAGCUCUUGAUAACCCCACACAGAGGAACAAGGAUCAGAUUAUCGCAGCUGCACUCAAGUAUCUGGAGACAGACACAAUCUGCUACAGGGUUGAGGAACCUCCAGGUUUGGUGCAGCUUCAGAAAAAUGAAUGGGACCCUGUUAUGGAUUGGAUAGAAAAAAGGUAUAAUGUGGUGAUAGGCUCCUCGUCAAAUAUAAUGGGACCCACAAUCCCAGAGGAGACUAAAGAUACCUUUCGACAGCACCUGGCCUCCUACAACUUCUGGGCUUUAACAGGUUUGGAGUACGUGAUCACACAGCUUAAAUCGGUGAUUCUGUCGUUUGGUUUAAUCGACCAGCACCUCACUGUAGAAAAGGCAGUGCAGCUGUCCCGACUGGAAGAAGAAUUCCAGAUCCACCACUGGGGCAAUGUGGAGUGGGCCCACGAGUAUGACCUGCAGGAACUCCGCUCUCGCACUGCAGCCGGGACCCUGUUUGUGCACCUGUCUUCUGAGAGUGCAACUAUCAAACGCAAACUUCUGCAAGACUUGGAGUUUAUCUAAACACUGAAAUCAUUAAAUGUACAAUAUUCUGUACAAAAGAUGGACCAUCAUCUGCCAUUAAAAUCUACUGUGAAAUUAA